GACGUCACCCCUCCUCGUCUUGACAGCUCGCUCCUGCAGUAACGACUCAGUCAACGAGGAGGAGAGAAAGGAUCCGGUCUACUCACCUCACCACUAACACCGCCUGUUUCUCUCACCGUCGGUUCCCCUCUGUAUUAGGAGUUACCAAUAUCACAUCUAAAGACAAGGCACUCGGAAACAAGCCCCGUAUUUGUUGUUAUUCCCGACUGGACGCACCAGCUGGCUCAUGUUAGCUGUUUCCUGGUUGGAGCGGCAGCCAUUUUGGAUUUGUACCGAGGAGCAGCAGCUAGCUAGCCGGCCGUAGUUCUUCUGUGAGCAGUAAGAGCUAGCCACCGCUUUCUUCAAGAGACGGAUACACUAAAUAACAAGUCAAAAUGAAUCCUGAAUAUGACUAUUUAUUCAAGCUGCUCCUGAUUGGUGACUCUGGUGUUGGAAAGUCUUGCCUUCUCCUCCGAUUUGCAGAUGACACAUACACAGAAAGUUACAUUAGCACUAUCGGAGUGGACUUCAAAAUACGAACCAUAGAACUAGAUGGAAAGACCAUUAAACUUCAGAUCUGGGACACGGCGGGUCAGGAGAGGUUUCGUACAAUCACAUCCAGCUACUACAGAGGUGCUCAUGGUAUCAUUGUAGUGUACGAUGUCACAGACCAGGAGUCCUUCAACAAUGUCAAACAGUGGCUACAGGAAAUCGACCGCUAUGCCAGUGAAAAUGUCAACAAGCUAUUGGUGGGGAACAAAUGUGACCUGACAACAAAGAAGGUGGUGGAUUACACAACAGCAAAGGAGUUUGCAGACUCUCUGGGCAUCCCUUUCUUGGAAACCAGCGCCAAGAACGCGACCAAUGUGGAGCAGGCCUUCAUGACCAUGGCUGCUGAAAUCAAGAAGAGGAUGGGUCCCGGGGCCACAGCCGGAGGAGGGGAUAAGCCCAACGUGAAGCUGACCCCCGGCACUACUGUCAAGCCUUCAUCAGGAGGAUGCUGCUGAGAGAGAAACCACUUCCACUUCAAUCCCUCUUAACCCUCUUUACUCUGCCGGCCUCUCAGCCCGGCCGUUAUCCCCUUCAAACUCCACUGUGUCCAAGCAAAGCCCCACCACAAUCAAACAGGACAGGGAAGACAUGAUUCACCACAUGUCUGUGUGACAACAAGAUGAAGUUGCCUGUAUUUGUACUGUACAGAAUAUAGCCGCACUACCAAAAACAAAUAAAGCAUCCUUCUUGUCAUACUGUCCUGUUAUCGAUGACAAAUUCUUCACGUAGACCAUCAUCCCAAGCCCCGACACCCCAUCCCCCCCAAUCUCAGACCUCUCAGAGAGGACGCUUUGAUUUGGCUCUCUGACUGCAGGUCCAUGAGAACUCUCUGUGUGUGUGUGUGUGAGUGUGUGUGUGUUUGGAUGUGUGUAUUUCUCUGCAUUCCUCCUGUGGGGUUGGUAAUGAAUCAGUUUCAUUAAGGUUUCUGUUUGUACGGGCUCUUUCUGUUCCUCUUCUCCUCCAGUGAUUCUUUUGCCGUGUGUGUCUGUCGCUCUGCCCCGUUUGAAGCUGUUCUUUUUUAAAUUUGUUCUCAUCCCUGUGUCUCACAGUCCAGCAUCAAAGUCAAGUGCAACUGUAUAUGUACAUAGACAUUAUGUAUAUAUUCUGUCACAUCUGAUUUGCCAGUUCUCUAGUGUUCAGUACGUCAUCAUCGGGAUAGUCUUGACUCUUUAUCUUUGCAUUCAAAUUGUGGCUGAAGACAACUGUAAGUUUGUUGCUCAACAUGUAACACUUCAACUGAAAAUAAAUAUUGUACUACCAGACUGUAUGAAAUGGGAGGACCUGUCUGCCAUUCUUGGUGAGAUGUGUAGAAAAACCUGUUGGAAUUAUUUAUUCUACAUUCAUUUGGCAAAUCUACUGCCGGUUAAAAAGGUCUGUUUGCAAAUUGCUGUGUAAUCUCAGUAUAGAACUGCAUAUAUAAAAUACAAUGUUCUCUUGUUUUCAUAAUAAAGGCAACUGAAUUCAGUUUGAAAGGAACUCA